AGGUGUUCUGUCAUAUAGCUAUUAACUUUACCCUGAGGAAGCUGUAUGUGGUGAAAGUGAUUUAUAUUACAUGUGAUAUUAUUCAAGUUUUAUAAUGGCCUCAGAUGAAAAAGCACUCAGAAUUCCAGCCAUCCUGCUACCAUCCUACAAUGCAUUCAUGAAAGCAUCCUCCCGGCAGCAGGGCCAGGCUGACCUGAAGCGCAUUGCUGUGCAGUGUGGUGUGUGCCGCAACACACGCUACUACUCCCUGACUCGAGGCAUGACUCGGGUCAAUGGGGUGGUGGCAUGUGAAGCAUGCCGGCACCAGUAUCAGUCAUUCAAACGUGCUCCCCUGCCCCUGCACUGCUCCAAAGCUGAUGGCAGCUGCCUGCAGAUGUUGCUCUUCACCAAGACGAUGUGCCGAUGUUGCUGGGUGGCGCAGAUCAUCGAGUAUACGCCUCUGACAUCUCAGCUCUACAAUCACUACAUCAGCUUCCUGCCAGUUUACAUCAUUCGCAAGCUGCGUGGUCAUCCCAUCGCGGCGAGCUCGCUGACACAGCAGCAGCGGGGAUCUUUGUCCCUGGAGGUGCACACCGGCGUCGACUGGAAGGACGUGACGCUGCCUGAGGCAGUAGCACAGCAGAACUUGCCUCUUACUGACCUCAAUGACGAGGAGGAGCCCAUGGAACAGGAAUCUACUUCUGCUCCGUCAGGAUCAAGUACUACUUCCCCUGUUGGAUCAGGAUCAAGUGCCACUGCAGCUGCAUUAACGACGUCUACUCCUACUGCUGCUUCAGUUGACGGAGUAAUCAGCACGCCAGCAUCAUCGAUGAGCAUCAGGAACACCAUCGAGAACAUCAUUAAGGACUUCUCCAGCAGCAGUAGCAGCAUCACUCCAGGCAUCCCUUCCAAUAACGCUGUUGCGACCGCUAGUUCAUCGCCUGCUGUCUCCGUCCCUAGAGGCAAAAAUGUGGCAACAAGAGGCUCCAAAAUGAGAGGAAAUGCGUCUGGUCCUGUAACAUCUGUGCCACACGGUUCUUCUAUUCGUGGUAGUGGCACGGCCGUUCGUGGGAGUGGCUCGGCCGUUCGUGGCAGUGGUACGUCGGUGCGUGGCAGUGGCACGGCCGUUCGUGGCAGUGGCACGGCCGUUCGUGGCAGUGGCACGGCCGUUCGUGGCAGUGGCACGGCUGUUCGUGGCAGUGGCACGGCCGUUCGUGGCAGUGGCACGGCCGUUCGUGGCAGUGGUACGGCCGUUCGUGGCAGUGGCACGGCCGUCCGUGGCAGUGGUACGGCCGUUCGUGGCAGUGGCACGGCCGUCCGUGGCAGUGGUACGGCCGUUCGUGGCAGUGGCACUGCCGUUCGUGGCAGCGGCACGGCAGUUCGCGGCAGUGCGACCGCAUUUCGAGGCAGGGGUACCGCUGUCCGUGGUAGUGGCGCUACUUUUUUGGGCAGUGUGCCGACAGUUCGAGGUAGCGAAGCAGCUGGUGUUUUCAACACAAAUGCCGUUGGUGGCAGUGGUGUUAUAAUUACUGACACUUGGACUGAAGUUAGUAACAGUAGUAGUGGCGUGCCAGUACAGAGCAGCUCAGAUGUACAACGCAGUAGCGUAACUGCACCUGACGGUAGCAUAGAAGUCCAGAGCAACGGCAUGGCAGUGCAGGGAAGUAUUCCAGCAAUUGAGGAUAACAGCAUCGAGCUUCAUUGCAGGAGCUUGACAGGAGAAGCAAGCAAUACAGCAACUCAGGUCAGCAACGGUGCUAUUCAGAGCAGCAGCGCUGCAGUACAGGGCAUCAAUGCGGAAGUUCAGGAUAGCAGUACAGCAGUUCAGAGCAGCAAUAUGGAGAUUCAAAGCAGCAGCACGGCAGUUCAGGAUAGCAGUAAUGCCUCUAGAGCCACGAAAUCCUCGCGAGGCUCCGCCAAGCGGGGAAAGAACAUCAAGCGCGCCAGCAAAGUGGACCGACUCAUGAUGGGGAUCAAGGAAGGCCUCUACGGGGCGAGUGUUUCUCAGGAGGAAGCCAAAACCUCAUCAUCAUCGAAUGAGUCAUCGGCGGAGCCUUCGCGCGCUCACUCUCCUUCCCCAUCGAGCUCCCACGAUGACUCCACAUCCUCGAACGGCUAUGCCACGGCCUCCAACAACAACAGCAGCGUAACAGAAGAAAGCCGCCGCCCCACGACCGCUGGCCUAGCAGCACACCUCCUGAAGGGGUUGGUGCCCGAGGAGCAGCUCAAGUACCUGAAGGACUUCAACCCCCGCAACAGCGCCCGCGUCAGGCGCAAGAAGGACCGCGUCGAGUACUUCGACAACCCCAAGGAGAAGAAGUGGGUCAAACAGUACUGGGUCUUAAAAAAGUGGGUCAAACAGUACUGGGUCGUAGAGAAGUGGGUCAAACAGAACUAG